AUGACCGUCGAUAACUUGAACCGUGCCAAUAUUGAAGCCCAAAAGACGAUUAAGAAACAAUCCGAGCAGCUUAAGAUUCUCCAGGCUUCUCUUGAAGAUACUCAACGCCAACUUCAACAAGUCCUUGACCAAUAUGCGCUUGCUCAACGCAAGGUUGCUGCCCUUUCUGCAGAACUUGAGGAAGCUAAGACUGCCCUCGACAACGCUAUCCGUGCCCGCAAACAGGCUGAAAUCGACCUUGAAGAGGCUAACGGACGCAUUGCCGAUCUUACCGCCAUUAACAAUAACCUCACCUCGAUCAAGAACAAACUCGAAACUGAACUCUCCACUGUUCAAGCUGAUCUCGAUGAGGUCACCAAGGAACUCCACGCUGCCGAUGAACGCGCCAACCGUGCUCUUGCUGAUGCCGCUCGCGCUGUUGAGCAACUGCAUGAGGAACAGGAACACUCGAUGAAGAUUGAUGCCCUUCGCAAGUCCCUUGAGGAACAGGUAUGA